CUAAACUACUUUCCUCCCGAACCUCGUCCAGCGAAGUUUAACGAAAACCCGGAUCCCUAGUCGCCAGGUUUACUUGUUACAGAACUAACCACACGAUGCCAGCGUCACCUAGUAAACAUGGUCUUCCUCUGAGUGGCAUUAAAGUAGUCGAGUUUGCCGGUCUUGCGCCGGGCCCGAUGGCGGGUAUGAUCCUGGCCGAUUUCGGGGCGGACGUCAUCCGCAUCGACCGACCGGGCGCAGCGACCGCGCCUACCCCAGACGUGCUUGGGCGGGGCAAGCGGUCCAUCGCUGUCGACCCGAAGACGCGGAGCGGGUACGGGGUCGUGCGGAAACUCGUUGAGCAGGCAGACGUGCUCAUCGACCCGUUCCGCCCGGGUGUGCUGGAACGACUGGGCCUCGGUCCCGAGGUGUUUCUUGAUGAGAGCAAGGGGACGAAUGCGCGGCUGAUAUACGCGCGUUUGGUGGGGUUCCCUCGCACAGGUCCGCAUAAAGACAUGGCCGGACAUGAUCUCAACUACCUUGCGCUCAGUGGCGUUCUUUCGAUGCUGCCGGGGGCGGGGAUGCCGGAAUUCCCUCUAAACAUUCUCGCAGACUUUGCGGGGGGCGGAGUAAUGUGCGCACUAGGGAUCCUCCUCGCAAUUGUGGAACGCACCAAGAGCGGACGCGGUCAGAUCGUGAACACAGAUAUGGUAUCUGGGGUGCGCUACUUGGCAAGCUUUCCACUUCUUCUGGCCCAGCUACGGUCUCCUCUUUUCGGGCCGGGUAGAGGGAAUGGUCUCCUUGACGGCGGAGCUCCCUUCUACAACGUGUACACAUGCGCCGACGGAAGGUGGAUGUCCGUCGGAUGUCUGGAGCCUCAGUUCUUCAAGGCAUUCUUGAAACGCUUCCUGGGUGCUCUUCCUCCUGGUUUCGCGCUGGAGGACGGAUGGCGGCCGUCCGAGACGGACCAGCACGACACAGAUUCGUGGCCCCGCAUGAAGACAUUCAUGGAGCGAGGAUUCGCGCUGCACCCGCGAGACUACUGGGGGAAGGUAUUCGAUGCCAGCGACGCGUGCGCGGUGCCCGUCUUGUCCGCGGACGAGGCGGCGGCGCUGGCAGCGGGCUCGUCGUCGCACGGAGGCGCUGUGCCGAGCCCGCACCCGAAGCUGGAACGCACGCCCGUGGACGCGCCGCUGCCUGCGCCGGCCGACGCGAUAAUUCCGCGGGGGGCGCACACGGAGGAGAUCCUGAGGGAGCUUGGGUUGGACGACGGGGCAAGGGAGGCGCUGCGGCGCUUGGGCGCGCUGGAAAAUCAGCCCACUGUUCCGAAAUUGUAA